UUCAUCACAGCCCUGGUCAUGGCUAGAAGGGAUACAGCUUUUGUCAAAUUAACGUUAAAAAUAUACAUUUAGUUAAUUUUCGCUAACCUUUACUCUUUUCGAAACUAAACCUAAUUCUCCUAACCUGCUACGAAAAGUCGUUAUCCGACAAAAGCUGUGUCCAUCUAGUCAAAAACCCUCCGCUUCCCUCCCACUUGUGUUGGUCCGUGAGGAAGUCGCAAGAUGGCUGACAGCGCUCGGAAGUAUGCUCCCUUCCUCCACAUGAAGUCGUGAGUUUGGAAGUAUGCUCCCUUCCUCCACAUGAAGUCGUGAGUUUGGAAGUAAGCGAGGGAGGCACUAUCAGGCGUUUGAUUUUAUUUAAGUUAUUGUAUUUCUCCAAACAGACCAUUUCAUUCCUGGGGACCCAGUUAGCUAAAAGCUCCUGUAGAUGGCUAACGGUAUCAACAUAUACAUUACCUAGUACAUUACAUUAGCUAGCACUUGCAAUUUGAACUAGUCUAACAUAAAUAUUUGCACCGGCAGGUUAAGUAUUCCGCUGUAGUCAUGUUCACUAACUAGAUCAUUCGCAGAGGGUUUCUUAGUGUGAACCAGGAUUAUAACUUUGGAGUUGGAAGCAUCGUCCAAAUAAUAACUACGGAUGGCCAGUCAGCUGCCAGUCACAUUUUCAGAUGUUAACUAGUUAAGGACUAUUUAACGAGAAACUUCAGUUUUGCUGGCAGUUUACCACAAUACUACCAGGGAUGGACACACACGACCAAAUGUAGCAACGUUAGCCAGGUUGCUAACCAGCUAGGCAGGGUUGGGGGGGGGGGCAACUAGCUACCGGCGACAACAGCCGUGUAGUCAGUCAGUUACUGUCAGAGAGACGAGUUAGUCAGCCGCCCGUUUCCAGCUAGCUACCGGAUCGACACCACCCGAGCCUUCCCCCGGACAGACCCACCGGCUCAACAACACCGGGAUGGGCGUGCAGGGCUUCCAGGAGUAUCUGGAGAAACGGUGUCCCGGGGCUGCCAUCCCCGUGGACCUCCUCAAACUAGGCCGUACUGCGGGACGCCAGCACCACCACCCCGGCCCUCUUCCACCACCGGCCCGGAUACUCAUCGAUGCUGACUCCGGUCUGCAGCGUCUGUACGGCGGCUACCAGACGGACUGGGUGUGCGGCGGGGAGUGGAACGCCAUGCUGGGAUACCUGUCCGCUCUGUCCCAGGCCUGUCUGUACCAGGGCGGGCUGGAGCUGGUCGUGGUGUUCAACGGGACCCUGGGGAAGGAGCGGUGGCCGGAGUGGGCACGCCGGGCCCAGGGACAACGCCAGACGGCCCAGCUCAUCGUUAACCACAUCGGCAGUAAGGCCACUCCGCCUCCCCGCGCCUGGUUCCUGCCCCCUGCCUGCCUCAGUCACUGUGUCCGCCUCGCCAUGUUCCGCUUCAGAGUGCGGGUUGUCCAGACGUUGGAGGACCACCACCAGGAGGUGCUGGCUCUCUACAGGGACUUUGGUUUCUGCGGCCUGAUCGCCCAGGACUCAGAGUUUGCUCUCUGCAACGUGCCCGCCUACUUCUCCUCGCAUGCCCUCAAACUGUCCUGGAAUGGCAAGAACCUGACCACCCACCAGUACCUGCUCUCUGAAGCAGCCAGACAGCUGGGUCUGAAGACACAACAACUGCCCUGCUUCGCUGCUCUGCUGGGGAACCAUAUUCUCCCUGAUGAGGACCUGGCUGCCUUCCACUGGAGCCUUUUAGGACCAGAACACCCCCUGGCCUCACUCAAGGUGCGUGCCCACCAGUUGGUGCUGCCUCCCUGUGAGGUGGUUAUCAAGGCGGUGUCUGAGUACGUCUCCUCCAUUAAAGACCUGGGGAACCUCGACGCUGUUGCCAGGGACGUCUUCAACCAAUCCCAGUCUCGUAUGGAGGAUAAGUUGGAGCGUUUUAAGAAGGCUGUGGAGUAUUUCUCAUCUGCCUCUAAACCACGCCCACUCUCCAUGGGACCCUCCCCCUACCUUUGGUUUGGUCCCGCUCCUUUUGGCAGUCCUCCUGGCCACAUGGGGGCAAUGCAACCUGGAAAGCACCAGGGGGUAAAACCACCCUAUCGGAAUGCUCUGUGUGGACCAGGCCACGCCUCUCUGUUCCAGAACCUGCCCCCCCUGCCGGACUGCAACGAUUCGCUGUCUGGGACAAUGGGCUACAUGGAUUGGUCGGCUCCAUAUGACCAGGGAGGAAGUAGAUUAACGAAUCACCACACGUCCGCUCCCUCUGGCCCCUCCCACUCGCCAUCAUCUUCCUCCGAUGGAGACGAACCAAACGACAGCAGCCACCAUCUGACAGACAAGUCCUCCGGGUGGGACGAUCCGGCCGGUCGGGGGAGUGGAGGGGAUGGUUCCCACGGUAACGGGAGCGGGUCCAACAUUCCAUCGCUGUUGUCAAUGGCGACGCGGAGUCACAUGGACAUAACCACGCCACCUCUGCCUCAAAUCAGCGCUGAGGUGUUGAGAGUAGCAGAACACAGACAUCGCAGAGGACUAAUGUAUCCAGAGAUAUACCACAUACUGACCAAGAUAUACCACAUACUGACCAAGGGAGAGAUGAAGAUGGCGGUGUGUAUAGAAGAUGAUUGUAACAGUGAACUGCCUCCAGCCUCUCUGCUGUUCAGAGCAGCCAGACAGUACAGCUAUGGGGUCCUCUUCAGCCUAGCCGAAACACACCGACACCUCGAGAGACUCGCCAUGCGCAACAGAGGACCCCUCGAAGUUCCUCCAGUGAUAGUGAAGGAGUGGUCCAGUGGGAAGUCGAAGUCGGCCCUGACCCCGGAGCUGGUUCCAGCGCUGUGCUUCAGAGAGUGGACCUGUCCUAACCUGCGGAGGCUGUGGCUUGGUAGAGCCAGUGAAGAUCGCUCCCGGAGGACCAGAGCUUUCCUAGCCUGUCUGCGCUCUGACUGUCCUGCCUUACUCAACCCUGCUCAGGUCCCACAACACCUUCUGCUCAUGUGCUGCGUGCUCAGGUAUAUGAUGCAGUGGCCAGGUGGUGGUAUUCUACAGAGACAUGAGUUAGAUGCCUUCCUGGCCCAGGCAGUCUCUAACCAGCUCUACGAACCAGACCAGCUACAGGAACUGAAGGUAGAGAAGGUAGACAGUCGGGGGAUCCAGCUGGCGUCUCUCUUCAUGGCGGGCGUGGACACUGCUCUGUUGGUCAAUGACGUGUGUGGUCAGCCGUUACCAUGGGAACACUGCUGCCCCUGGGGCUUCUUCGACGGGAAACUCUUCCAGACCAAACUGGCCCGCGCCGGCCGAGACCGACUGGCCCUGUUCGACAUGUGUGAAGGACAGGAGGAGCUGGUGUCUCGUGUGGAGAAGAUGCGUCAGGCCAUUCUAGAUGGCAUCAACUUUACUCGUACUCCUCCCCCUCGCCCCCCUCUUUUCCUUCCUCCGCCCUCCCCCUAUCUACCCCCUACCCCCCCUCUACCCCCCCGGCCCAUGGGUAACAUGCCCCCCCACUACCACCCUCAUCAUCCUCACCACCACCCAAAUGAUCCUCACCACCACCACCCUCAUCAUCCUCACCACCACCUAGCCCAGCAUCGACCCAGAGGCUUCCCAGGUCUGCAGUCGAUCCCCCCUCAGGGAGGGAAGUUGGAGAUAGCCGGCAUGGUGGUGGGCCAGUGGGCCGGGAACAAACCACUGCGUGGCAGAGGGGGACUCAACAAUGCAGGUGUUGUCGGUCGGAGCAGGGAGAGGAAGGGGUAAGGACAUCCCAGCGAAAGCAGGACGAGGAGUUAAAAAGACACAUUCCCCCUCCUCCACCAGCCCCACCAAGCCUGAGGAGGAGGAGGAGCCUAACUCGGGGGCCGUGACCCAGCAGCUGAAUGGCAGCCCUGCAGCCUCCGGUAUUGGCCAGCCUCUGGAUCUGCCCCCACUGGCCCAUCCAAUCCCGUGUGCCUUAGCAAGCAGAGACAACCAAACAGAGGAGGCCCCCUGUUGCCUUGACGACUGUCCUUCAGACGGAACACUAACGAAGGAGGCGUGAUGAGGCUUUCCCAGAAUGCACCAGGGUGUUCUGAAAAAGCUGUCUGUGUUUCACUGCCCCUUGAUUUUGUCAUGUAGUUUUAUUUUAUCUUAACGAUCAGAGGUUUUUCUCCAUGAGUCCAUAUGUAUGUAAGCCCCUGCCUACCUAAAGCACCGCCCCCAUGGCCCGUCGCUAUAGUAACCCCAGCCCACUGUCUCAUGAUGUUCUGAUGGUCCCUCCCUACUGUUAAUAUUCCUACCGGGAUCCUUGCGGUUAGACUUGAACUACGGUGUUUAGUAGUAGUGUGUUUAGAUACACUAACGUCGACACUACCACACACUGUUGGCUAGGUGCCUGGGUUUGGUCGGUUGUUGCCAUAGGGUGAGCUCAGAGUUCCAGGAGUGCUCCAGGAGAGUUCCAGGAGUGUUGGACUCUAGAAGUGUCAGAGGAGGAAUAGCGAAAGAGGAGGAUGAUGAGUGCAGUGUUUGUGUGCUAAAUAAGCCCGGUUUACCACCAAUAAUGAUUUAUUAGUGUUAGCCGCGCCACUAACCACCCAGAGCGCGUGUUUGCAUUGCUCUAACCCUUCAGUAGCAUUUAGCCCACACCUUGAAUAACAUGAGCACUUGCCCUAAUAUGUUAUCAUGCUAAGUUAGCCUAGCCCAGCUUUAUUUAGACCCCCUGACCACAGAUGUAAUGUAUGUACGCACCUUAACCUGACGCUCCAACGUAUGGAAGCUCUUACCCCUAUAUUAGAUUAUAUCCCCUAUGCUCUGAUUGUAUAUCCCAACAGAGAGCACUUACUAAUGUUGGAUUCAGUGAUUUAAUAUAGAUUAUUAUUGACCAGACCCCUAGACAGUUUGUCUGAGAGAGUUCCCUUGCGACCUAGGAAAUCACUUUGAUCAUUGACCUCAAGGUCUAUUUUAACAUGGCCUUUGUGUUGUGCAAACGAGACCUGUUUGAAUGUCAUUAGAGUAGGCUGCACAAUUCAUCCAAACCGCAAUAUUGACAUGUGCAAUAUCCAUAUCGCAAUAUUUUGCAACCCCACUCAGCCGUGUGUACGGUCCGUUAUUAUAGUUGACUCUGUCGUCCCUCUCCUCUUGCGGCUGCUUCCUACAACUCAAGCAGCACAGUUCCUCUUCUGUUAGAUUCACUAGAAGCUUCCAUUCUGUUCUGUUAGGUCAAAUGCAGUCAACACAUUGUUCCAAACAAGAAUGAUGCUGCUUUCUACUUAGCUUCUUAAUGUAAAUCAUUAUAUUCCUCUGAUUCCAUCUGUGUUUUGAUCGAUCACAGGUCAAAUUGUAAUAUGUGUUCAAAGUAAAUAAAAUGGUCCAACAUGGUGCAGCCCUAGAACGGCCUGGUCUUCAGAAGAAGCACAUUUAGUUUUAAAAGGAAUCCUCUAGCAGGUCAAAACAUUCACGCGAUCAGAGAUAGAGGACAUCUUUGUAUCUGUACCGUUAUUGCAUCUAUGACAGUAUGGGCAGCUCUAUUGAGCCUAGCUUCAUUUUAAAGUAGUCUAUUUUCUUCACAGUUGGAGCUAAUCCCUCCCAGUUUGACAUGACUUCAACAGGGUCACCAGGAGGGAUCCGCCAAUGAAGUUGGGAGGCCCACACAGUCGACUACAUUAAAAUGGUGGAAGCGCUCAAUGGCGCUGCCCAGGCUAAUACGGUGUUGGCCAGUAGAGGCCUCUAUCAUUCUCUAUGGGCCAAGUAUGGUGCCACGUCAGAGGACGGGAGGGUCAGGGCUUAAAGGUCAGAGUGCUGACGCUACCAAGCUCCUCUUCUGACUGGCACCUUGUCUAAAUGAACCCAAGGCUGCAUCUGAAAUGGCAUUCCCUGCGUAGUGCAUCAGAAGCAGUGCAUUAUGGGGGGGUAGGUUGCCUUUAGAGACCUGAUGAAGUCCCAAAGCAUAGUCCCACACUAGCCUUGUCAGCUGGCUGGCCAAUCAGGACAGGCCUGGUAGCACCUCCUGGUGAUUGGUUAGCAGUUUCCACGGCGAUAGCCCAGCAUUCUAAGCUCUUUAUCUAACAGGAAGCACUUCCCCCAAACCACUUAGCCAAUUAGCAGGGGUUUAAGGUGAGAACACUUGCAUGUUCCGCCCACAAUCUAAAGAUCCUAAAUAGUUUUAAUGUUAAACUCUUUAUGUUGUCAUCAUUAUAGUAGAGGAUAAAGUAUCAUUUUAAUAGGUCUGCUCUGAGACCAAUCAGAGUAUUGACUUGUUUUAAUGUUAGUAGAAGACUACAGAGAGAUAGCAGAGAGGAAUCAAUUUUAAUGUUAGUAGACGACUACAGAGAGAUAGCAGAGAGGAAUCAAUUUUAAUGUUAGUAGACGACUACAGAGAGAUAGCAGAGAGGAAUCAGUUUCAAUGUUAGUAGGAGACUACAGAGAGAUAGAAGAGAGGAAUCAGUUUUAAUGUUAGUAGGAAACUACAGAGAUAGCAGAGAGGAAUCAGUUUUAAAGUUAGUAGGAGACUACAGAGAGAUAGCAGGGACUAACCUCUAGAGGACUGUCAGACAAUAGUAACCGUGUUGGACCUAGUUCUACAGGACUGUCAGACAAUAGUAACCAUGUUAGACCUAGUUCUACAGGACUGUCAGACAAUAGUAACCGUGUUGGACUAAGUUCUACAGGGCUGUCAGACAAUAGUAACCGUGUUGGACUAAGUUCUACAGGACUGUAGUUGACACAAACAGAAAAGGUCUGGCUGCUAAGUAGUCCAAUUGCAGGCCAAUCUACCGUAGUAGAAUGGAAAUAACCCCCGCAGAGCGCACAGUUGCCAGAACAACCGUAACAUCUGAAUAGAGACUGCACUUCAACCCACAUGGGUUUGGAUUUCUGCGGCUCAUGACUGUUUACAAGCAAAUAGAGAGUUUGGGGUUCAUUCCACAUCAAGUAUUUGGAACAACAAUCUUUUAGGGAUAUCUAGCAGACAGAUUUGAACCUGGAUGGAGAAGAGCCCCACUGGUCAUAUAAUACCCAGCAUGACUAGACGACUACGACUCAUACAUACAUAUACAGUAUAAUACUUUAACCUUUAACCUUUCAUUACUGUAGUACAAUAAAACGGACCACUGCAGGUCAUGAGUAUGGCUCUUCAGCCAGGAGGAGUGGUGAGCCUAUUUAUGUCACUCCACUAUCUGACAAAAUUACACACGACUCUGUCGACUCGUUCCUAACGAUACUUACUCAUAUAUACACACAGUAGUUGUUAACAGCCCUCUGUGUGUUUGUGCUGAAGUGAUGUAAUGUUGCUGUUCCUCGUUAGUUUCUGUCUGUGGGUGAAGCAGAGAGACUUCGUAACUCUCUACUGUUGUACCGAGCUGCAGUCUGACACACAGCCCUCUCCACCCAUAACAAUACUUUCACGCGCACAUUGUCAUACUCUGAUCAGUGAUUUGAAUGCUUAUCUCAAUAUCGCUCUGUACACCAACAUGCCCUCUUCUCUCUUCAACCCAUCUCUCUCUCUCUCUUCCCAUCUAUCUCUCUCUCUUCCCAUCUCUCUCUCACCUCCCAUCUCUCUCUCUCCUCCCAUCUCUCUCUCCUCCCAUCUGUUGUCUCUUCAACCCAUCUCUCUCUCUCUCUCCUCCCAUCUCUCUCUCCUCCCAUCUCUCUCUCUCUCCUCCCAUCUCUCUCUCUCUCCUCCCAUCUCUCUCUCUCCUCCCAUCUCUCUCUCUCCUCCCAUCUCUCUCUCUCUCCUCCCAUCUCUCUCUCUCCUCCCAUCUCUCUCCUCCCAUCUCUCUCUCCUCCCAUCUCUCUCUCUCUCCUCCCAUCUCUCUCUCUCUCUCCUCCCAUCUCUCUCUCGCUCCUCCCAUCUGUUGUCUAUUCAACCCAUCUUUCUCUCUCUCCUCCCAUCUCUCUCUCUCUCCUCCCAUCUGUUGUCUCUUCAACCCAUCUCUCUCUCUCUCCUCCCAUCUGUCUCUCCUCCCAUCUCUCUCUCUCCUCCCAUCUGUUCUCUCCCCCCCAUUUGGUAGUUAUGCUUAAAGCAGCACGUGAAGUAAACACACUGAUACACACUUUCACCAACACACACAAAUGAAGAGUACCUUACACACACACACACAGUACAUAUAUCCAACCACACAGUACCAAUAUACACAGAACAUAUAUCCAACCACACAGUACCAAUAUACACAGAACAUAUAUCCAACCACACAGUACCAAUAUACACAGAACAUAUCUCCAACCACACAGUACCAAUAUACACAGUACAUAUCUCCAACCACACAGUACCAAUAUACACAGUACAUAUCUCCAACUACACAGUACCAAUAUACACAGAACAUAUCUCUUGCUCAUGUCUCUGUGCUCUCUGUUCCCUCUAGGACCAUUUCUAUUGGCUGUUUUAUGACCCCGCCCCUAACCACCCCCACUAAUAUUCUAUAUCGUGAUGAACUUUUCUUAGUGAUUAUCAGUUUCUCUGUAAACUAGCCAGAAUCUGGAAGGAAAAAAGUAUACAACAAAAAGAAAUCGAACUGUUUUAUUCAAUUGUACUUUAAACUGUGUUUUUUCUUACUAUUUUGAAUGUCUCUUCUAACCCUUCUAUCAAAGCAUUCGUUUUGAGAGGCUUUAGCCAACCAUAGAGAUGUAAACUGAAACCAUUCAAUAUAUGAUCCUUCUCCGUAUUUGAUAUUAUGCCAUCGAUCGUCUUAAAGACCACUUCGCCGUUGUUACUAAGUUAAGUAUCGCACGUCAAAACAUUUUUAAAUAAUCAUCGUCUCUGCACUACGUUGGUAUAUUCUGUUUAUCGUCCCUUAUAAAGAUUUAAUGGUCAACUCGUCAAGUGAAGCUGAACUUUGCACAGAGUUAGAAGUCUCACAUUACCACCCUGAGAACCAAAGUUCACCCCCCUCCCUCGUUUCCCUGCCAUGAUGGUAUGCCCCAAACCAAUGACCUAUCAAGAGAUUCUAUGAUGAUGUCACAGCACGUGUGAUUGGUUUACCCCUAUAGAGUGGAGUUUUGUGAUGAGUAGAACAGAACUGUGUUGGAUGCUGUAGGACUGUUAUGUGUCAGUACAUGGAUGGAUGAAUAGCUACGCCGACUGACUGGUCCAGACAAGAUGAGCCUGCAAGGAAAAGAGACAAUGAGACAUUCCAAAUGGCACCCUGUUCCCUAUAAUAGUACACUACUUUAUACCUUGUGGUGCAGGAAGGUUUCAGUCAUGUUUCAUUUCUGAGACUCUUAUGGUCCUCGUCACGAGUAGUGUUCUAGAAAGGGAACAGGAUGUCGUUUGGGAUGCUGCCAGGGUGAUGGCCAGUCAAUUCAGGUCACAUGGCCAGGUCACAUGAUUAUUUUAUGACAUCAUCCAGGUGUCAGUCUAAAUCUCUGUACUACUACAUCACCUUCUCAACCAACUAACAUGUAUACUACAGUACAUCAUGUAAACUAGCGGUAAUGUGAGUACAUGUACUGUAAGCCACACCCCCCUAAACAACAACAUCCGUAAAGGACUCCUCUUCAUUAUUAUGAUUAUUGCUGUUAUGAUUAUUAUUGGUAUAAUUUGUCAUUGUUAGCUAAAUGGAAACACCAGAAUGUUGUUGUGGAGAGGGCUUUUAUAUUCUUAUGGCUGUGGAGGAAGUGAUGUCAGAGGACAGGAACAGGAAGGAAGGAGAGGCGUGAUGAUGUAAAGAUGGUCAUGUUUGUUGGGAAUUGACAUCCAGUGCUGAAAUAAAAUUUAUUCUUAUAGGAAAAAAAUGA